AUGGGUGUUCAAUCAUUAUGGGACAUAGUGGGACCUCUGGCGAGACCUGUAAGAUUAGAAGCCUUAUCACGGAAGAAGUUAGCGGUUGACGCGUCGAUAUGGAUAUAUCAAUUCUUAAAAGCAGUACGUGACAAGGAAGGCAAUGCUUUGCCACAAUCUCAUAUUGUCGGUUUUUUCAGACGAAUAUGUAAACUACUAUAUUUUGGAAUCCAACCGAUAUUCGUAUUUGAUGGAGGUGUGCCUGUUUUAAAGAGACAAACUAUAAAUGAGAGAAAGAAUCGAAGACAGCAAAACUCCGAAUCAACUCGCCAAGCUGCUCAAAAAUUGUUAGCAAUCCAACUACAACGACAAGCAGAAGAAUCGGUUGGUAAACGACAAGGUGAGAAAGCUCCAGCAGCAGCUAUUGACGAUGACGAUGUGAUAUAUUUCGACGAUCUACCGAUGAACAAGGUGGUAGUGGAGGACGAAAAACCACCAAAGCAACCUAAAUCCAUCAAGUUCAGAAAAGUUGAUGAAUAUCAUCUUCCAGAUUUGAAUGAGUUUAGGGUGUCCAGAUAUGAUCAGAGGAUUAUGCCCGAUGACGAUAUUAACGACAAAGCAUGGGAUGAUUUUGAUCAUGUGGAUGGAAUUAACAUAAAUGAAGUUGACCCCAAAUCCAAAGAAUUCGCCAAUUUGCCCAUCGCCACGCAGUAUAUGAUAUUGAAUCACCUACGGCUAAAGUCCAGGUUGAGAAUGGGCUAUAGGAAGGAGCAGUUGCAAGAGUUGUUCCCCAAUCUGAUGGACUUUUCCAAAUUUCAGAUCCAACAAGUUCAAAAGCGAAAUUUUUAUACACAGAAGCUUAUGAAUGUGACUGGAAUGAAUGACGAGGAUACUAUCGACAGAAGAGUUGCCGGUGAGAGGAAUAAGAAGUACGCCUUGGUUAAAAACGAAGAUGGCUGGACGUUGUCCCUUGAUGGAGGCGGAACAUCAGCGGAGAACCCAAUACAAUUGGAUAAGGAUGGACCUGAGCCCAUAGAUCAACGCCUCAACAACAAAGAUAAUGACCAGAGCGAUGAUAGUGAUCUGGACUUUGAAGAUGUAAUGUUGAUGGAAGAGAAAGAAAUAGAAGAAGAUAGAAUGACACAGGAGGCGUUGAUCAAAUCAAUUUAUGAACAGUAUGAGAAACCAGAACCAAAAAGCUCUAUUGAGGAUCAUAAAGCUGACUCUUAUGAGGAGCAACUAAAGAAGGAAGUCGAAGAAAGCAAACAAGACUAUUUCAAUUUGAAGGAGAGGGAGGCAAAAGAAGUGGUAAAGCAGCAUACGAAUGAAAACGGUUUCGACUUGCAGUCUUCCGUGUUGUUUUCAGACACGACGAAUGCUGCGAAACCCUUUUUGAGCGUACCACAAAACAAGCGACAAAAGGUAUCCACUUCAAACAACGAUUUGCAGAGCUCCCUCUUGUUCGACUCGCAGAACCACAUGACCGGCAAGAUUAAUUUAAAAGCAGACAACAAUGACAACCAUCCUAUGGGUAAUGAAGUGGAAAAGGAUGAGGGCCUCACUGUAAAUACCGAAUCCAUAAAAGCUUCAUUGAAGGCGGAUGACAAGAGACUGAGGCUUGACGAAUCGCUCCUCAGUGAUGAUAGCGACUUUCCAGAGGAAGCAGAGGAAGAAAAUGUAGUGUCGUUGAAAAGGUUAGACUCUUUCACCGAGGGACAAAGAAGAUUGCCCGACUGGUUCCAAAACGAAGUCACUAAAACAUUAAACCCACAUAAUGAAAAGUUUGUUCCCAGUACAGGUUUUGAAAACGAAAACCAUGAUGAAGAUGAGGAGGCAGGUUUGAUUCCUUGGUACGAAGCGAAAGAGAUUUUUGAAAAGAACGAAGAGAGUGAUUCAAACGGUGAGGUCAUAGAGAUUUCUUCAAAUCACGAAAAUUAUGUUACACUUGAAAGCAAAAUCGAGAAAGAGGAGCCCAGCCGCGAACAAGAGCAAAGACGACCAGCUGUAAUAGACUAUAAUUUUGAAGAAGAAGAUGAAGAUAUAUUGGUACAGCAAUUGCAAAACGAAGAAGUAGAUCAUGAAAACUUAAAGAGCCAAAUCAAGAUGACACACGCUAUACCAAUUUCAUCAAGGGACACGAGAAUCACCGAAGAACAAUUAUUACAAGAAAAGCUUCAUAAAGCCAAGAGGGACUCUGACGAGGUGACGGAAAACAUGAUUGGUGAUGUGCAAGAGUUGUUAAAGAGGUUUGGAAUCCCAUACAUUACUGCCCCUAUGGAAGCAGAAGCACAAUGCGCUGAACUUUACAAAAUAGGGUUGGUUGAUGGCAUCAUUACCGAUGAUAGUGAUUGUUUCCUUUUUGGUGGUGACAGAAUAUACAAAAACAUGUUUAGCCAGAAACAAUUUGUGGAGUGUUAUUUGAAAAACGAUAUUGAAGAUAAGAUUGGGUUGAGUCGAGAAAAUCUAAUUGAGUUGGCGAUUUUGUUGGGGAGUGAUUACACGGAAGGGAUUAAAGGGAUUGGUCCUGUUUUAGCCGUGGAAAUACUCGCCGAAUUUGGCAGCCUUCAAGGAUUUAAAAAGUGGUUUGAUGAGAAAACAAAAACCACCAAGUUGGAUCAAGGGGUACUAACACCAUUACAGAAAAAUCUCACCAAUCGUAUAAAAAAUGGAAAGCUAUUUCUUCCAGACAAUUUCCCAGACAAAGUAAUUUUCGAAGCAUAUCAACAUCCUGAAGUAGAUUCCGAUAAAAGUGAGUUUAAAUGGGGGAUACCGAACUUGGAUCAGAUUAGGUCUUUCUUAAUGUUCAAUGUCAACUGGUCCCAAGAAAGGGUUGACGAGGUGAUGGUGCCAUUGAUUAGAGAUUUGAACAAGAAGAGAGCCGAAGGUACACAAUCAACUAUUGGUGAAUUCUUUUCCCAAGAGUACGUACAGACACGAAAGGAAUUGAAUACGGGGAAGAGAUUAAAAGCGGCCGCAAGUAAGUUGAGUAAAAGAAAAAAGAAGUAA